UUCAUUGCAAUAUUAAUAUUACAUAAGAAAUCAUUGAAACCACACUUUAAGUGAAAAAAAUAAAACAUUUUUAUUAUUUAAUUAAAAAAUAAUUAAUUUAAUAAAUCAAUUAACAACUCGUUUAGUCCGACAAUGGCUUUAACCGGCGGUCUAUCGGCCGCUUAUCGGACACUAUUGAGAUCACCGAUAAUGGCGAAGAACGGCGUCGGCGCCCGACUGUGUUUGAUGCGACACUUUACCGAUCAAUCGGCGGACGACGUGAAGACCAAAAUUGAUAAACUGGUGGCCAAUAAUAAAGUGGUUGUCUUCAUGAAAGGUGAUCCCCAACAGCCUCGAUGUGGAUUCAGUAAUGCUGUCAUUCAGGUUCUCCGUAUGCAUGGCGUCGAGUAUGACGCGCACGACGUACUGGCCAGCGAUGAUCUGCGACUCGGUAUUAAAGAGUACACAUCGUGGCCGACGAUACCUCAGGUGUUCAUGAAUGGCGAGUUUAUCGGCGGUUGCGAUAUACUGCUGGAAAAACACCAAAACGGCGAACUUGUCGACGACCUCAACAAAAUUGGUAUCAAAUCGGCUCUUCUCGAUAGUCAACUGACCAAAGAUAGCGGCGAUAAAUGAAUUGCUAACUGUUUUGUUGUAUUUAACUUUUCUUAGAUUUAAAAAAAACAACUUUUUG